AUGGCUGACAUAGAGGCACAAAAUGAGAAAGAAUCAGAAGUUGUAGCCAUUUUCAAGGAAGCCAAUAGGGCUGUUGCUUUGACGUUUGAGGAUGUGGUCUACAAGGUCAAACUCAAGAAAGCAGGUUUUUGUGGAAAGAUUGUGAAAACAGAAGAAAAGGUUAUCUUAAAGGGAAUCACUGGCAAGGUUCUUCCUGGUGAAAUGCUAGCCUUGCUAGGUCCAUCAGGCAGUGGCAAAACAACUCUGUUAACUGCAUUAGGAGGAAAACUUGGAGGCCUACUUGAAGGUAACAUAACUUAUAAUGGCAAGAACUUCUCCAACUCAAUGAAAAGGAACAUGGGAUUUGUUACUCAAGAUGAUGUUCUUUACCCUCAUUUGACAGUGACAGAAACAUUGGUUUUCACUGCCCUUCUUAGGUUAGAAAGUACUUUUACUAAAGAAGAGAAGGUCAUGCAUGCAGAAUCUGUAAUUACUCAACUAGGUUUAACCAAGUGCAAGAAUAACAUCAUUGGGGGGGCAUUUUUGAGAGGAAUUUCCGGGGGAGAGAGAAAGAGGGUUAGCAUAGGGCAAGAAAUGCUCAUAAACCCUAGCCUUCUUUUGUUGGACGAGCCAACAUCAGGUCUUGACUCUACAACAGCUCAAAGAAUUGUGUCGACAUUGUGGGAACUUGCAAAAGGAGGAAGAACGAUUGGGAUGACGAUUCAUCAGCCUUCAAGUAGGUUGUUUUACAUGUUUGACAAAGUUUUGUUGUUGUCAGAAGGCAGCCCAUUGUACUUUGGGGAGGGAUCACAAGUUAUGGAUUACUUUUCCAACAUUGGAUAUGCUCCUGCAGUUCCCAUGAAUCCUGCUGAUUUCCUUUUGGAUCUCGCAAAUGGUUUAUCAUCAAACAGUACUGAGAUUCCAGGCACUGUCAAGCAGAAUCUAGUUUCAGCCUACAAGAGCAAGCUUGCAAACAAGUUGAAGUCAGAGGUUCAAGGAAUUGAUGAUCAGCCUCAAGAUGGAUUAAAUGAUAAGCAAGUUUCACGAUGGGCCACAACCUGGUGGCAACAGUUUUCUGUGUUGUUGAGAAGAGGAGUGAAACAAAGAAAGUACGACUCCUUCUCUGGCCUCAAGAUUGCUCAGAUCCUGGUGGUAGCCCUCCUUUCAGGGCUCCUGUGGUGGCAAUCUGAUGUAUCCCAUGUGCAAGAUCAGAUGGGGCUCCUCUUCUUUUACGCAGGAUUUUGGGGCUUCUUCCCUUUAUUCCAAGCUAUUUUCACCUUCCCCCAAGAACGCAGUAUGCUUGAAAAGGAACGAUCUUCUGGCAUGUAUCGACUGUCAUCAUACUUCAUGUCAAGGAUUGUCAGUGACCUCCCGAUGGAGCUAGUCCUUCCUACUAUAUUUCUAACUAUAACCUACUGGAUGGCAGGGCUUAAAGGCACACCAGGAAACUUCUUGCAUACCUUGUUUGUUCUCUUGUAUUCUGUGUUAGUAUCAGGAGGUCUAGGACUAGCUAUUGGUGCACUGGUUUUGAACCAAAAAUCUGCUACCAUUAUGGGAUCGGUAAUCAUGCUAUCGUUCCUGCUCGCUGGUGGAUACUACGUUACGCAUGUCCCUUCCUUCAUUAGCUGGAUUAAGUACAUCUCCAUCAGUCAAUACACAUACAAGCUGUUGCUGGGGUCUCAAUUCAAGCCUAGUGACACCUAUUCAUGUGCAGAUGGUGCUGGAGGAGUUUGUUUAGUUGGAGAUUAUCCUCCAAUCAAACAAGUGGGGCUUGAUGACCAAGUGUUUGGCGCGGUUGCAUUAGGGAUCAUGCUUGUGGGUUAUCGUCUUAUCGCUUAUCUUGCUCUGAUGAGGAUUGGAGUAACUAAAAAGUAA